GGUGGGACGUUGCGUGUAAUCGAUGUGGAAGAGGAAAUCAAUCGUGCGAAGAUGGAAUCGAGCCGAGAAAUGGAAGAAAGGAUCGCGAGAAUGCUUCCGCCUGAUCUCAGGGAACAGUUCCUGGCGCAGUCGUGUUACCGGAAGACUGCUUCAACGACGAGUGGCCAUUCCGAGUGUGAUGACCGAGCGUCGGCCGCUGGAAGCACGAGUACCAACGACGAUUUCAUGCAAGUUACACCUGGCGAAAGUAAGUCAUUUUAA